AUGAAGGAAGUCUUUGCCUUCGAGUCCUCCAAAAGUAGCCGCGCAGUUGCUGCUGGAGGAUCUGCACCUGGCUUCCUGGAUUCUGCCUCACGGGGCGGCGGCCAUGCACGGCGACUUGGUCACAAGAUUGCAGCUACUUCCAAGGAGCUUCUGGUCAGCGCCAUGACCAAAAUCGGCGAGGGGAGUAGCCGUCUUUGGCGGACAGGAUUGCCACCGCUUCCGCCUGGGCUUCAUGAACGUCCAGAGGGAGUGGUUGAAGUUGCGUUGCCGUCUUCAGAGACAGAGCGGCUCGAACGCUUAAGAGAUUUGGGAAGAACAAUGCAAGGUGGAAGCAUACUGGUCCUUGGCCGAAGACGCUUGUAUCCUGUGCGUCCGCAGCACCAAUCCAUCGGCCAAGUCAGCACGGCUUCAUGCGAAGCUGCACUGGACGCCUUGGCAGAGUCCAUUUGCCAAGAACUCUUGGACGAAGGGUAUGGCCUUAACGAAAAAGGAGUGGCAUAUGCGCUGCUUCACCGGCGAGGAACUCUGGGCGUUCCAAGUGAUUUCGACGAGACGCCAGAUCCAGAGUACCUGAAGAGGCACAAGAUCGAUGAGAAAGCCCUCAGAAGUUUGGCAGCGGAGUGCGCAGUCAACAUUUCUGUAAGCCCAGGCAUGCAGCUAGUAGCUGAGUGUGGACUUGAUCCCGUUCUGUACCAGCCAACUUUCGUUGUUUGUAUUGGCGGUGGACAGUUGCGUGUGCUGACCUUCGCCUUCGUCGGAGGGCCCGUCUCAGGCGACAGGCCAGACCGAAAGCGAACACCCUUUGCUAUUCGACUUGCGACUGAUGACCUCGUGGCUCUCAGUCGAGUUGAGGCUUCUGACAAGGUCUCCAAGCUGCGCUACGCAGCGCAUGCAGUAGACCCAGCAGUUCAAACAAGCCUGGACAUGAUUGUCAUCCUUGAGGAAGAGCUUUUCCACGCAAAUGAGGCGGGUGAUUGGCAGAAGCUUGCUGCUGUGGGCACGGCGGAGCCCACCAUCGAGACCGAAAUGGAGGCCUCUGUAUCGGAGAAGGGUGUGGUGGCAGAGUCAAACGAUGCCCAGAAGGCAGCCGACAAACGUUUGCGGAUGGAAAGCGAGAGCUGGGUUGUGCACACAGAUCUUGGCGAAGGUUACGCGGGACCUUUGGCGCACGCACCGGCUGCAAGUGCUCAGCACCCAGGGUUGCCGUCACCGCCCAGCUCCCGACGAUUUAGCUGGUUGCUGCGCAGGCUCGGUGCAAAGGAAGACCACGUGGACAGCGUUGGCGGUCCUUUCGAAAGCGUACCGGGUACAGGCGGAUUAUAG